UCCCUGCCCGAGGCUCUCUGCCUCUCACCUUCUCUGUAACCUCUGUACCUCUCACCGACCUUCUCUCUAACCUGCUUAGCUCCAACCUACCUAGUCACCGUUCCUCUGUUCAACGGCGAUGAUCUUCGGUUUGCCUUUCUUUUCUCCCUCUCUCCUUCAUUUUCACACUCAUUUUCUCUCUCUACCCACAGCUCUCUACCUCUCAGAUUCUCUCAAACUUCUUAGCUCUCACCUACCUAGUCACCGUUCCUCUGUUCAACGGCGAUGAUCUGGUUUGCCUCUCUUUUCCUCUAUACGCGGCCUCAAAUGCUCCUAAACCCCUAAAUAUUCGAAACCCUAUUAACAAAUCGUAACCAAAAAAAACUCAACGGUUCUAAUGUUUUUGUUUUUUUUUUUUAUUUUCUUGUCUUUUGAUUUGUGUUUUUUUUUUCAAAGUUUGUGUGCUCUAAACACAGAGAAAGAAUUGAUGUUGUCAUGAGAUAAUAUUGUUGGACAGCUAUCUCCAAUACAGUCUCUUAGUCUCUGGUUGGGCAAAGAGGGAAAAGAUGGGUGAUGGGUGUAAAAUGCCUUGAAAACAAUCUACUGAAAAGGCAGUCCACCCUUGUUUUCUUGUUGAAGUAGCAGCCCUAUAUAUGGAACUGAAACUCGCUUGCCUCCUCCAUUCUCGAAUUGUUUUGUUUUGUUUUGCUUUCCGGGGGCUCGAUUAGAGGCGUCUCCGCCACCGCUCCGUCGCCAUUCCUAUUCCAUCUGGUAAUCCCGUCUUCCUAUAAACCGUCUCUUUCAAUACUGUUUUCAACCCACAAAUGAGAAGAAUUCGUUUUGCAUGUCUCUCUGCUCUUAAAUCUCCAAACUCCUUUCUCUGCCAAAAUAACCCAAUUCCCACAGCUUUAUUUAGGAUUGCUCGCCUGCCCAUCAAUCCCCCUUUUGUGGUUGCCGCAUUUUGCUCGAAUACAAGAGCAUCUGAUUCCGGUUUCAGUGAUGUGGCCAAGUUCUAUGCGACUAUUAUGGAUAACUCUAAAGCAUAUGACAAUCUGGAGAAAUCCCUUGACCAACUUGAGCUCCAAUUGACUACUCCUUUGGUUCUAGAGCUUCUCCAAAGGCUUUCUAUGGAGGAGAAGUUAGCAUUCAGGUUUUUCACAUGGGCAGCCCGUCAACAUAAUUAUGCCCAUCAGCCUCAAGCUUAUAAUCAAAUGAUUGACAUUUUGUCCGGUACUAAGUAUAAGAUUAAACAAUUUCGAAUCGUUUGUGACAUGCUUGAUCAUAUGAAGAGGAGUAACAGGAAUGCGGUCCCUACUGAAGUUUUGCUCCUCAUUUUGAGACAAUAUACUGAAAAGCAUUUGACUCAUCUUCAGAAAUUUGCUAAGAAGAAGAGGAUAAGGGUGAAGACACAGCCGGAGAUCAAUGCCUUUAACUUGCUGUUGGAUGCUUUGUGCAAGUGUAGUCUAGUUGAGGAUGCUGAGGUUCUGUUCAACAGGAUGAAGACUAGGGUUAAACCAGAUGCUAAUUCUUACAAUAUAUUGUUUUUUGGGUGGUGCAGAGUUAGGAAUCCAAAAAGAGGAAUGACGGUUCUGGAAGCAAUGAUCCAGUUGGGUCAUACUCCUGAUAACUUUACUUACAAUACUGCUAUUGACGCCUUUUGCAAAGCAGGGAUGGUUAGUGAGGCAGCUGAACUUUUUGAGUUUAUGAGAACAAAAGGGUCAACCAUGUCGUCUCCCACUGCAAAAACUUAUGCAAUCAUGACUGUGGCUUUAAUCCAAGACAACAGAAUGGAGGAAUGCUUUGAGCUUAUAGGGCAUAUGAUAAAUAGUGGUUGCCUUCCUGACGUUUCAACAUACAAAGAAUUGAUUGAAGGGAUGUGUUCAGCAGGGAAGAUUGAGGAAGCUUACAAGUUCUUGGAAGAGAUGGGAAACAAAGGAUACCCUCCUGAUAUAGUUAGUUAUAAUUGUUUUCUCAAGGUUCUUUGCGAUAAUAUGAAGAGUGAUGAAGCUCUGAGGCUUUAUCAAAGAAUGAUUGAUGUGGGUUGUGUGCCUAGUGUGCAAACCUAUAAUAUGUUGAUUUCAAUGUUUUUUCAGAUGGGUGAUCUUGAUGGGGUGCUUGAGACUUGGCAAGAGAUGGAUAACAGGGGCUGUGCACAAGACAUUGAGACUUAUUGCAUCAUGAUUGAUGGGCUUUUCAGCUGUAAUAAAGUGGAAGAUGCUUGUUUUCUUUUGGAAGAUGUUGUAAACAAGGGAUUGAAAUUGCCAUACCCGAAGUUUGACUCCUUUUUGAUGCAGCUUUCAACAAUUGGUAAUCUCCAAGCCAUCCAGAAACUUUCUGACCAUAUGAGGAAGUUUUACAAUCCUGCUAUGGCAAGACGAUUUGCACUGCAUCAAAAGCGGAAGAGUAUGAGAUUAAGAGGGAAGUAAGAAUAUAUGACAGCAUUUUUGGAACUUUUCUUUCAUCUUAGCUCUAGUCUCUACAAGUGCCACAUUGGAUUGGUAGUUGGGUACUGGUUAACUCUUUGGAAAGCUUUGAAUGAAGAACAGCUAAGAGUUCAUAAGACCAGAAUAGUAGAAGGAUGAGUUGACUCCACCAAAUGUAGCAUGGAUACCAUAAAGAGCUUCAAGCGAGCUCUAACCUUGGACCACAAUGCGAUUCCACAUGGUUGUUCUCAUGAUCUCUGGCAGAGCUAUGUAAAUCUUAUAUACUGGUUUCAUCGGGGAUACUACUGGUAAUGCCCCCAAAAAUUUGUACGAUGAGUUGGAUAACUGCAAGGAGUUAUGUUUUGGAUUUAUCUCUUUUCCUUUUAUUUCUUUUCAAUUCAGUUAAGGAACCAAUAUUUCAGAGAAGGAAGUUCAACUUGAAAAUUUUGUCAAGGCCGAAAUUUAUUUCCUGCAAAAGAUUCAUGAUUGAUUCAACAUCUAUUCAUAUCUUUUUGAGCCAUUGCUAAUGUUGGCAGAGCUGGAGAUUGCUUUUUCCAAUUACAGAUUGUAAUUCACAGUAUGAACAAUGUUAGCACUUGAGACUUGUCUGCAACGACACAAGAUUUUGACCUUAGAAGAACUGGAAAAGGACUUAUUCUUGGGUUCUGAGAUAAAUGCGAUAACACAGUUGAACAAUAGUGCUAAUACUUGUGUGGAUAUGGGUGCCCAGGAACCACAUAUGACUUCUUUCUCUUUUUCGCCCUGGUUUUUGUUUCUGUGUUCCUAUAUGACUGAUUCUUGAAAUGGUGAUCCGAGAAAAUAAGUGGUAAUAAGAAAUGACUGGCAACAACUUUGCUAUUCCAGCUUCUUGGUGAACUAAUCUCAUUGCCAACAGCAGUUGUGAUAGUAGUGGCAGAUUUCUACUCCAACCAUCACAGCAACAGUUGUGACAGUUGUGGUAUCCCUCUCUCUUUCAUUAUCAGUUCUUUGUUUUGUAAGACUCAAAAGCUUGCCAUGAUGGCAGGGUUGGGUAUGUAAAUCCUCCUUUCUUUAACAGAUUUCUACUGUCACCAUUGCUCUCAUGACGCAAUCUGCAUCACAGAUCCAUGCCUUUUUUUUUGGUAUUUAUUUUUAAUGAAUUUUAAUUAUAAUAGAGGUUGAAAGAGGUGGAACGUGAGGGAGAAAGGCAGAGAAGAAGGAACCCAUAUCGACAACCACCAAUCUAAACAGAGAAGCCAGAGGGAGAAUAGGAUAUGAAGAAGGUGAAAGGAAGAAUGUAGAAAAAAGGGAAAGGAAAAGGGCAAAAAAGGGUCGUUACUCUUUAAUUUUUUUUUCUUUCAUGUUAUUUUGUAAUUGAUGUAUACAAUUAUUUUUUAUUUCUUCCUUUUUUCCUUCUAACAUUUCAACCGUAUGAUAAAAUUUGAUAUCUUCAAUUUAUAGUUACUUCCUUUAUUCCCA